GACCCAUCGGGAACCGUCGACUACAUGGUCCAUCUCUUCACCAAGCGUUGAUGACCCAUGAUUUGUUUCUUAUCAGAAACUGUUCUUAUCCAACGGUGAAGGACUGGAGUUGAUGUGCACGUGACAGAGAUGUACGUGAGGUUGGACCCCACGAGAAAACCUCACUGGAAGUGACUUGGCUUGCAACUCUCGAGGUGUCCCUGUCUCUCUUUCUCUCUCUCUUUUCCAGGACUCUACAAGUUGUGUGGUACUGCAAAGAGAAAAAAGGGAAAUUUAAGCCAACACAGUGCGCACCAAUCUCCUCUGUCUAUGGAGAUCCCACAAACACCAAUCUUUUUUUAGACUAAAGCUUAUGUCAAAGAAAAAAUAUGUUCUUUCUCUUCCCUUUCUUUGCAGAGCCACUCAAAACUUCGAACCAAAGUUACCCAUUUGAAGAAUAGCGACAAGCAUUUCGCAAGUUGCAAGUUUUUGAAUCAAAGGUUGUAUUUUAUUUGAAAUCUUUGUGGAUAAAUGUUAAGAACCUUUUGAGGGGAAGUUGAGUUGGGAGUUUGGUAGUGUGAAUUUUUAUCGAUGGAUCCGCCAGCAAUGAUGAAUGAGGGUUCGUACAACAUUGCAGAGAUCUGGCAGUUUCAGGUUCAUGGAAGUGGUAAUGCAAAUGAAUCUGGAGGUGGGUUUGGACUGAAGGGAGUUCAGUUAGGGCAGGAUUUAAGUCAAUUUGUGACUAACAGAGAAAUUUCCGGUGAUGAUCCGGUGAGUUUGGAGCAUAAAGCAGCUCACGGGAAUGGUGCAAGGAAGCGGCGUGGCGUAGAGGAUGACUCAGCGAAGGUUGUAUCAACAAGCAGUGGCAAUGAAGUGAAUGAUUCUGAUGGGAAAAGGAUUAAAACAUCUGGAAGUAGAGACGACAAACAGAAUUCAAAAAUCGAAGCUGUACCCAGUUCAGGCAAGCCUGUGGAACAAAAUAGUCAACCAGCGGAGCCACCUAAGCAAGAUUACAUCCACGUUCGAGCAAGAAGGGGUCAAGCUACUGAUAGCCACAGUCUGGCAGAAAGAGUAAUUUUCUCGAUCCAAUUAAACUCAGCUAGAAGAGAAAAGAUAAGUGAAAGGAUGAAAAUUCUACAGGAUCUGGUCCCUGGUUGUAACAAGGUUAUUGGUAAAGCCCUGGUACUUGAUGAGAUAAUUAAUUACAUUCAGUCACUACAAAGGCAGGUUGAGUUUUUGUCAAUGAAGCUUGAAGCAGUCAGUUCAAGAGUGACCCUUGGUAUUGAGGCAUUUCCUCCUAAAGAUUUCGGUCAACAAGCAUUUGAUACUGCUGGCGUUCAGUUUGGUUCUCAAGCUCCAAGGGAUUUCAACUGUAGUACAUCACCAGAGUGGUUGCACAUGCAGGUUGGCGGUUUUGAGAGAAUGACAUAAAAGACAAAAGGAAAAAAAAUCAUAAUCGAUUAAUAAUAAGAGCAUUUAAUGGCUAUGCAUCCUCCUUCAGUUGCUGUUAAAAAUUAUACUCCAUAAUACUAAAUUCAAGGGCGUUCAAAUUCCCAAUUUCAAUAUCAAGCAUGGAGCAUGUGAUUGAUGUUGAAAGACUUCUCUUAUUAGUAAAGAAAGUUAGUAUCUCCACAUCUUCAUCUGUUUGUGUGUUGGAAACUGAAUUCUUUGCUCCGAAUAUCUCAUCAUAGGCUUUACAUUGUUCUAAUACCUGAACAGAAUUUGAAGAACAAUCAUUUUCUUGUAAAAGAAUGUUGCAUAUUCAGAAUAUCUAAUGCUUACAUUAAAUUUUAACAUAGGGUUUGUUAAGGAGCUGAAGAUGUAUCAAUAAAUUAAGCCAUUUUGGUGCUUUAUUUUCUGAAAA